AUGUGGUGGUUGAAGAAAGAAGAUAAAGGGAAUGAUGUUUUGGUCCCAGAGACUCCGGAGGCCACCAUCAUUGUAGAAGUUUUUGAUGAGCCUCCACAAAUGGAAGAAGAGGAGAUUGAGAUAAUUGAAAGAGAAGAAAACGAGAUCGCAGUUGAAGAGGUCGGAGAAGCAGAGAUGGAGUUAAUAGCUCCUGACAUUGCAAUGGAGGAAGUCGCCAGAGAUGUGUUGCCAGAAGAGGCCAAGAAGCAAGAGUUGCAGGCAGCUGAGGCAGAGAAGGAAGUCGAAGCUAGAUUGAAGAAGGCAGCAGAGGCUGAGAAGGAAGACGAGAAGAAAAAGAAGAGAAAGGAAAAUAAGCCUCAAGAGGAGGAUUUUAUGGAGGAACACGAGGAGUUUCUUCAUAGUGCAGAUGUUGCUGUAAAUGCGGAGGCACCAUGGGACCAUGUAGAUAGGCUGUCAAAAAGUUGA